AGUGAAUGCCAAGUUCUUACCUGCAAUAAACUGAUCGGGUUUCAGACAGUCACUCAGUCUCCGGCGUCAGCAGCAGCUGUCACUGUGUUACCCUCACUCCGGCACUUCGCUAAACUGCGAGCUGCGCUUUCUGGGCAUAUGUCACUGCCCUCUCCCUCCCUCUCCCUCCCUCCAGAUCUCAGGGUACCCACGUUCGGGUUUAAACAAAACGGAGGAACUUUUUAUCGAGUUUCUUACGAGGAAAAGUGAAUCGGCGGAUUGACAGCAGCAAUUUGCUGACCGACCGAACCGGGAGGGCUCCAUAAUGAGAAGAUGGCAGCUCUACUUAGCCACCCGGGGCCUGCCAGCUUGCGCCCAUUCACCAGAGAGUCUCUGGCUCAGAUUGAGAAAAGAAUUGCUCAGCAAGAAGAAGAAAAGGCGAGAAAACAAGGUCUGGAAAUCGAGACAGUGGAUUUGAAACCAAAAAGUGACCUGGAGGCUGGAAAAAACCUGCCUUUUAUUUAUGGAGACAUUCCUCCAAAUCUCAUUGCAGAACCCUUGGAAGACCUGGAUCCUUUCUACAGUGACAAGAAAACGUUUAUUGUUGUAAACAAGGGGGCGGCAAUAUUCCGAUUCAGUGCCACCCCUGCUCUCUACUUGCUGAGCCCUUUCCAUCCCCUCAGACGAGGAGCCAUCAAAGUCCUAAUCCAUUCUUUAUUUAGCUUUUUCAUCAUGAUAACCAUUCUAACAAACUGCAUCUUUAUGACAAUGAGUAACCCUGAACCCUGGACUAAAAACGUGGAGUAUACCUUCACAGGCAUCUACACCUUUGAGUCAUUGAUAAAGAUGUUUGCCCGAGGAUUUGUCAUAGACAAUUUCACCUUCCUUCGUGACCCGUGGAACUGGCUUGAUUUUUGUGUCAUUGUAAUGGCAUACGUCACUGAAUUUGUGGACUUGGGGAACGUCUCUGCUCUGAGAACAUUCCGAGUCCUUCGGGCAUUGAAAACUAUCACUGUUAUUCCAGGAUUGAAGACCAUUGUUGGGGCUCUGAUCCAGUCAGUAAAGAAACUAGCCGAUGUCAUGAUCCUCACUGUGUUCUGCUUAAGUGUCUUUGCACUUAUUGGUCUCCAGCUAUUUAUGGGAAACUUGAGGCAAAAGUGUGUGAUGUGGCCCCCAAAGUUCUCGGACAAUAGCACGUUUCUAGAUGAUGGGAUGGAAAAUAGCAGUAUGGCCAGUAACUACACACAAUUCGACUGGAAAGAAUAUAUCAAUAAUGAAGAUAAUUUUUACUUCCUGGAGGGAUCCCCUGAUGCCCUGCUGUGUGGGAACAGUUCUGAUGCUGGGAAAUGUCCUGAGGGUUACUUAUGUAUGAAAGCUGGGAGGAACCCAAAUUAUGGCUACACCAGUUACGACAGUUUUAACUGGGCUUUUCUGUCUCUCUUUCGCCUCAUGACACAAGACUUCUGGGAAAAUCUCUUUCAGCUGACUCUUCGAGCUGCUGGAAAAACCUACAUGAUCUUCUUUGUGGUUGUUAUCUUCCUCGGAUCCUUUUAUCUGAUUAACCUGAUCCUGGCAGUGGUGGCUAUGGCUUACGCAGAACAGAACCAGGCCACCAUGCUGGAGGCUGAGGAGAAAGAGAAGGAGUUUCAGGAGCUUUUGGAAAACAUGAAGCAUCAGGAAGCACAGUUACGCUCUGCACAACAGCACCAACACAGUGUUUCCUCACUGGCCAGUAACCAGGUGCUGAGGGAAACAGUCAGCUGUGAGCAUGAGGCUCUGGAUGGCAAGGCUGGGGGGGCAGAGGACGGGGAGAGCCACAGAGGGUCACACAGCAAAUCACCUGACUGCAAUGGUCUGGCAUCCCAGAAUGGAGAGAGUGGUACAGAAGCCAAUGGCAAAGUUGUACCGACUGUUGUCAUCGACAGACUAACCAGCGAUGGAGAUGCAGACAAUGCGGACACUGAAUGUGGGAUGCCUGGAUCUAAACGAACUUCUAUGAACUUCCUAGAGGAAUCUGGACCCCGAAAGAGAUCUGGGAGCACAGUCACUGUGUUGACCCACACGAUGGAAGAAUUGGAAGAGGUUUACCAGAAAUGUCCUCCCUGGUGGUACAAGUGUUCCAACAUAUUCCUAAUCUGGGAUUGCUCCUUACGCUGGGUGAAAUUUAAGGAGAUCGUUAAGUUUGUGGUCAUGGACCCUUUUGUGGACCUGGGCAUCACCAUUUGCAUUGUGCUGAACACUCUCUUCAUGGCGAUGGAACACUACCCUAUGAGUCCAGAGUUUGAGAACAUGCUCUUAGUGGGAAACCUGGUCUUCACAGGGAUUUUCACAGCUGAGAUGGUCUUUAAGCUUAUUGCUUUGGAUCCUUAUUACUACUUCCAAGUCGGCUGGAACAUAUUUGACAGUAUCAUUGUGACAUUGAGCUUGGUAGAGUUGGGACUGGCCAAUGUACAAGGUUUGUCAGUGCUGCGCUCCUUCCGAUUGCUGCGAGUUUUUAAACUUGCAAAAUCCUGGCCAACCCUGAACAUGCUGAUUAAGAUCAUUGGUAAUUCAAUUGGUGCUCUUGGCAACCUGACCCUGGUCCUUGCCAUCAUCGUCUUUAUAUUUGCGGUGGUGGGAAUGCAGCUAUUUGGCAAGAUGUACAAACAAUGUGUUUGCAAGAUUUCCUUGGAUUGCAGUCUGCCUCGCUGGCACAUGAAUGAUUUUUUUCAUUCCUUCCUGAUUGUCUUCCGCAUCCUUUGUGGGGAGUGGAUUGAGACGAUGUGGGACUGCAUGGAGGUGGCUGGUCAGUCCAUGUGUCUCAUUGUCUUCAUGAUGGUUAUGGUGAUUGGCAAUCUCGUGGUAUUGAAUCUCUUCCUUGCUUUGCUGCUGAGCUCAUUCAGUGCAGAUAACUUGUCAGCGUCUGAUGAUGAUGGGGAAAUGAACAAUCUACAGAUUGCUCUCAACAGGAUCACCAGGGGGAUCGAGUUUGUGAAAAGUCUUGUUUUCAAUAUUUUUCGGAGGAAGAAGAAUGUUGAAGAAGACAAACAGCUGGAUGAACUUCCUCCCCUGAAAACAGACAGUUUUGACUUUAAUCAUACUGAGCUGAACUUGGGAAAAGAAGCAUAUCUUAAUGCAGAUGGACUUGGCAACCUGUCAGACAAGGAUCAUUUAGCCUUCCUGGCCAACACUAAUUUAACUGUUCAUGUUCCAAUUGCUGAGCCUGAAUCUGACUGUGAGGAGGAACGGAGCUCUGAGAUGGAUCUUCACAAUGUUCCCAUGGAUCAGGAUCUGUUACCAAGAAAGGAUGAAGAUUCCAAACUAAAAAUGGAGAAACUUGGUUCUUCCCUGUGCAGUACUGUGGAUCUGAAAGUUCAUGAGGAAGAAGUAGAAGAGGUUCAAGAAGAAAGUGCUGAGAACACUGGCCCAGAGGAGUGUUUAACUGAAGGGUGUUUUCGCACGUGCCCCUCUCUGAAUUUUGAUGUGCGAGAAGGUCGUGGCAAGAUGUGGUGGACUCUGCGUAAGACCUGCUUCACGAUUGUGGAACACAACUGGUUUGAAUCGUUCAUCAUCUUUAUGAUCCUACUGAGCAGUGGUGCUUUGGCUUUUGAAGAUAUUUACAUUGAACAAAGGCAGGUGAUUAAAACAAUACUCGAAUAUGCGGACAAAAUCUUUACAUACAUCUUUGUGGUGGAAAUGCUGCUAAAAUGGGUCGCUUAUGGCUUCAAGGUCUACUUCACCAAUGCCUGGUGCUGGCUGGACUUUCUCAUUGUUGAUGUGUCUUUGGUGAGCUUCACAGCAAAUCUCCUUGGCUUUGAUGAUCUCGGACCCAUCAAAUCACUCCGGACACUGAGGGCAUUAAGACCACUACGAGCUUUGUCACGGUUUGAAGGAAUGCGGAUUGUGGUCAAUGCCUUGGUUGGUGCCAUCCCAUCCAUUAUGAAUGUGCUGCUUGUUUGCCUCAUCUUCUGGCUGAUUUUCAGCAUAAUGGGAGUCAACUUGUUUGCUGGGAAGUUCUACAAGUGCAUCAACACCACAGAUUCUUCAAUGUUUCCCUUACAUAUAGUAAAUAACCAAACGGAUUGUUCUUACCUGGAAGCAAUGGGAGAAGCACGAUGGGUCAAUCUGAAGGUCAACUUUGACAAUGUUGGUCUGGGAUACCUAUCCUUACUGCAGGUGGCUACCUUCAAGGGUUGGAUGGAUAUAAUGUAUGCCGCAGUCGAUUCUCGAGAUGUUACAGAACAGCCGUCGUAUGAAAUUAAUAUCUUCAUGUACAUAUACUUUGUCAUCUUCAUCAUCUUUGGGGCUUUCUUCACCCUGAACCUCUUCAUUGGUGUAAUUAUUGACAAUUUUAACCAGCAAAAGAAAAAGUUUGGAGGAAAGGACAUCUUCAUGACAGAAGAGCAGAAGAAAUACUACAAUGCUAUGAAGAAACUGGGCUCAAAGAAGCCACAGAAACCCAUCCCAAGACCAACUAACAAAUGUCAAGGCGUCUUCUUUGACUUUGUCACCAAACAAGCCUUUGAUAUCUUCAUUAUGAUUCUCAUUUGCCUGAACAUGGUGACCAUGAUGGUAGAGACAGAUGAUCAAAGUGAGGAGAAAGACCACAUCCUAUACUACGUCAACCUGGUCUUCAUUGUUGUUUUCACUGGCGAGUGUUUGCUCAAGAUCAUUGCCCUUCGAUACUACUACUUCACCAUUGGAUGGAACAUUUUUGAUUUUGUUGUGGUGAUCCUUUCCGUUGUAGGCAUCAUGCUGGCAGAUAUAAUUGAGAAGUACUUUGUAUCACCAACCCUUUUCAGAGUAAUCAGGUUGGCAAGAAUUGGUCGUGUUCUUCGACUUAUCAGAGGAGCCAAAGGAAUUCGGACCCUGCUGUUUGCCUUAAUGAUGUCACUCCCUGCUCUGUUCAACAUCGGUCUCUUGCUUUUUCUGGUCAUGUUUAUCUAUUCGAUUUUUGGAAUGUCGAACUUUGCAUAUGUGAAAAAAGAAGCUGGGAUCGAUGAUAUCUUCAACUUUGAAACAUUUGGAAACAGCAUCAUCUGCCUGUUCCAGAUCACCACGUCUGCAGGCUGGGACGGCCUCCUCGCCCCCAUUAUGAACAGCAGUCCUCCAGACUGUGACCCCAUGGCAGAGAACCCGGGCAGCUCUGUGAAAGGUGAUUGUGGGAAUCCCGCUGUGGGGAUUAUCUUUUUUGUUAGCUAUAUCAUUAUUUCAUUUCUAAUUGUGGUCAAUAUGUACAUCGCCAUCAUCUUAGAAAACUUCAACGUGGCCUCAGAGGAAAGUGCUGAGCCUCUCUGUGAGGACGACUUUGAAAUGUUCUAUGAAGUUUGGGAGAAGUUUGACCCAGAAGCCACACAGUUUGUUGAAUAUUCGCGAAUGUCUGACUUUGUGGACACACUGCAGGAGCCACUCCGAAUUGCCAAACCAAAUAAAAUAAAACUUAUUACCAUGGACAUGCCAAUGGUGAUCGGUGAUAAAAUCCAUUGCCUGGAUAUCCUGUUUGCUUUAACUAAGGAGGUGCUGGGUGACUCUGGUGAGAUGGAUGCACUGAAGGAGUCAAUGGAGGAGAAAUUCAUGGCUGCCAAUCCUUCCAAGGUUUCCUACGAACCUAUCACAACCACUCUCCGACGAAAGCAGGAGGAUGUUUGUGCCACAAAAAUCCAGCGUGCUUUCCGUCGGCACUUGUUGAAACGAUCUGUGAAACAUGCAUCGUACUUGUACCGCCACAGUGUGACAGACACAAUCCUCCCUGAUGAAGAUGCUCCAGAAACAGAAGGAUUAAUCGCUACUCAACUGAACAAAAACUAUGGCAAAAAUUGUGAUGACAAAGAGGUAACUGCAGCCCCAGAAGCCCCCAGGGCCCUCGAGCCCCAAACAGCGGAUACUCCCGUGGAGCCAAAAGAUUGGAGUUAUGAUGAAAUGGACAUCAGAGAAUCCAUUGUAUAACUGGUUCUUGCUUGAGAUGGUGUGGUGCAAAGCACUGAAUCCCUUCAAUAAUAUUUCUUUGUUUCUAGAUUUCUACCACAAAAAAAGUUUCCAGGUGGCAAAUGGUGCGUUGUCACUGGUGUUUGCAGUAUAACCUGGGAGGAUUGGACUGGGCUAAACAGAUACUAUAAACAAUUACGUUAAACACCCAGAAAGUCAUGCAGUACAUUUUUGACUGUAAUCAAUUCUGGGGCAAUCUCUGCAAUGACCUAAUCUUUUUCCAUUAACAUUAAGUCUUGCUUUCUGUUAGCAGAAUUUUUUGAAGUUUUUUUAGCAGAAAAAUUGGUUUAGCUCACUACUCAGCAGUGAUGUUUACAUCAGAAAUAUUGCAUUCAUUAAUAUUCAGAAAUUCUUCAAAGUGAAAACGUACUUCACUUGCUUAAUUGCCACAUCCCCCUUUCAAAAUUGAAAUUCAUAGAAAUGUCCAGGACUAGACAAGCCCCAGGUCAGGCCAAAUAUUGCUAUUGAUUACUAACAUCAAAAAAGAGAACUAUAAUGAUAUUAAGCACGUCAAGGCAACAUACAAACCUGGACACUGAGUGAGGCCCAUCAUUGUUAAUGUUUCUAGUCACUUGUCUCCCGUAACAGAUUUCACCUUCAUCUUGGAUAAGUUGAUAAAUCCUAAGAACAAAAUAUAAGAAUGAAAAAUGACCAUUCAAUGCACCAAACCCAUCAUUCCAUGGGCCACAUCAAAUACACCCAACUGGAGGCUCUGCUCCAUGUCUGCUUUUUAGGGGAAAGCUGUUUCUGAUCAUAACCAAGAAAAAACUCCCUAUUCAUCCCAACUAACUUUCUGCAGUCUGUAGCUUUUCUUGUAACCUCUAAUAUUGUUCCCAGCCAAAUAUUUAUCAAACCUUGAGUCCUUUCAUCUCUUAAAUAACCCUUGUUUUGGUUUAUAAAUCCAGAUUAAGCAGAGCUACCUCUUGCUCAUGCAGAGAUAAGUAACCAAAUGCCACACUUCUCUGUGAUUACUACUUUCUCUUGUUUAUUAUUGUCCUGUACAAUACAAAAUUACAUUUGUGUAGCGUCUUUCACGUCGGGAAGACCCUGUAAAGAGGCCUCCCUUAAUUAAGAAUUCUCAUUCUAAUUGGAUUGUUUUUACACCAACUUCCAUUGACUUUUCAAAAAGUCUAAGUCUGAGUGUUGGAAAGACGUACUCAAUGCUGCUGUGCUAUUAUCCAUACUCCAAUGUGGGCUGUCCCCUUCCUCUCACUGCUGGCACCCUAACAACUCACAAAUUCUCAACUAAUAGGUACAGAAUGAAAUCAAUCAAUAAAUAUCUAUUGUUGUUUUCCCAAAUUAUGCCACGAAGUCCAUUAUGAAUUAAUGAAUAAAUACAAUAACUUAACAAAUGAUAAUACAUAUUUUACAGUCAUUAAAGUCUGAAUGGAAAUCAAGAACAGGUGAACAGGAGAAAUGGCAACUGCUCAAUCAGUUCAAUGAGAAAUCAUUUUAGUUUAAAUGCUUUUUCCAUUUAUUUAUUAAUUUAUAAUCUUAUUGAAAUGUCUUGGUAAGAUAAGCAUUUUAAUAAAAGCUCUUAGUCUUAUUCUGCAGGUUAGCAGACAUCAGGAUAUUUCCGGGUAACUGGUAAAACAUUGUUUACUUUUCUUUCAAUCGUAAGGUAUUCCCAUUGAGGGACUCAUGCCUUUUAUAAUUUUGUUGAGCAAUGUUUGGUUUGUAAGUAUUGUUAAAUCCUUGUUUGCUGAUGGAACAAAGGCAAGAGGACGUAAUUUUCAUUCAUUGCCUUAGCACAACAAUUGGUGUAAAUUUGUUAAGUCAAAUCGCAAGUAACUAUUAAAGGUCAUACAUUGAGGCUGACACAGCACAGUGGGGUGGGGACUGUAUGACAGACUAUGCAGAGAUAUCCAAGUUCCGUAUAAUUAUUUUGUAAUCUGCCUUCCUUUGUAUUUUUCUGAAAUUUGUGUGCCACCCAUUUCAGGGCAGUGAAAUGCAUCUGAACUGUGGAAUGGCAGACCUGACAACCAUUUAUUGAUGCAAUGAAUAUAUAACAGGGGGCAAGCGAAUUGAGUGGUUUGGACUGCGAGAAUAUUGUGCUCGGGCCCUUUUACCUAUUUAAAUUUGCCAGAAAAUAACUUAACAGAAUUUGAAAGCGAGUGUUACUAGCAGUGCUCCCUUUAUGAAAUUAAAACCAUCGUAAUUAUCA